AUGACUAUCAAAGUCUUCGCUACAGGUGUCACCGGCUACGUCGGUGGUGAUGCCCUCCACACCAUUCUCCAAGCCCAUCCCGACUGGCAAUACUCAUUCCUGGUCAGGGACCGGAGCCGCCUCGGUUCUGCCACCAAAGACUACUCGUCCAUCCGCGUUGUCGAAGGCGACCUCAACAGCCUUGAACUUCUCAAGAACGAAUCCGCCGCCGCCGACAUAGUCUUGCAUUUCGCCAGCUCCGACGAUGCCCCAGCUGUGCGUGCCAUUCUAGAAGGACUCGGCUCUGACACCAGAACUCGCUUCCUCAUUCAUACCAGCGGCGCCGCCAACUUGCUCUACGACGACAUCGUAAGCGGUAAUGCCGGCAACAAGGGUACCAAAGUGUACGAUGACAUGGCGGACAUCAGCACCAUCACUUCGUUCCCAGACGCCGUCAUCCACAGGCCUGUCGACAAACUUGUCCUCGAAGCCAGCAACAAGUACCACAACGUCAGAACUGCGAUUGUCUGCCCUCCAGCUAUCAUUGGAGUCGGUCGUGGCCCGGGAAACACUCGCACCAUACAGGUCCCCAUGCUCAUCGAGCUGAGUAAAAAGCGCGGCAAAGCGUUCCAGAUUGAGAAAGGCGAGGCUACCUGGAAUUUCGUGCACGUGCACGACCUCUCAGACGUGUAUUUCCGCCUUACCGAAGCUGCUGCCGCCGGCGGUGGGAAGGCCGACUGGGGCCCCGAGGCGUACUACUUCGCCGAGAGCGGUGAGCUGGAGUGGGGUGCCCUCACCAAGACCGUUGCGAAUUUCAUGCACGAAGCGGGAGCUCUGAGCACAGCAGAGGUUGAUGUACUAAGUGAGAAGGAGGCGGGGGAGAUUCAUCCAUUCUUUGGGUGGGCGGCGGGUAAGAAUUCGAGGAGCAGGGCGAGCAGAGCGAGGAAGGUGCUGGGCUGGAGCCCGAAGGUAGAAGGUUUUGAGGAGAGCUUGAGGGAGGCGGUGGAGGUGGAACUGAGCGCGAAGGUAGGGAGGAUGGAGGAGAUUGAGCAGGGACAUUUUCCGGCGGGGGCGAAGGAGUAA